AUGGUGAAUGAAGCAAUUACUGAACUCACGAAACAAAAUAAAAAAAUUGAUGUGUUAAUAGUUGGUGCUGGAUUAUCGGGUUUAAUAUCAGCUCUUAAAAUAACACAAACAGAACCAAGUCUUCACGUGAGGAUAUUGGAAGCAUCAAACAGAGUCGGUGGUCAAUUACAUCAAGUCAGUUUAGGAGAAAUUGGAGCUAAAUGGAUUAGCGAAGAUCAAUGCCACAUUUAUCGUUUAAUUAAUACAUUAAAAGUUCCAAUCCUCAAGCGAAAUAGUCUAUCUUCUCAUUUAAAAUCAUAUAGAGAAAUGAAUGAGGGGAUUUUUUCUGUAUUAGCAAAUUAUGAACUAAAGCGUUAUAUACAUGAACUUGAACUCAAAAUGGAAUUUUUUAAACCAGGUUUUGUUAAAUGUAAAGGAUAUUCAAUGCAACAACAUAUAUAUAAUCGUUUGUUUUUCAAUUCGUCUCGAAAAUAUAUGAUGAAUUUAGUUUUAGUAAUAUGUGGAACAGAGGCAAAAUAUAUUAGUUUCAGAGAUUUUAUGUCAAUAUGUUACACAUCUGGUGGCAUACGAAGAUUAAUUGAUCUGAUUAUUGAAGCUCCAAACUAUUCCUUAUUAGAGUUUUCUAGCAAAGACUUGUUGUACAAACUCUUACAAUAUCUUCAGAAUGUAGAAAUUCUCUAUGGACGCAAAGUAAGCACGAUAAAUCAAUAUCGAGAUUUUGUUGAAGUAAGGGAUUCCGCAAAUGAAUAUCACGUAGCUGAAACAAUAAUUUUAUCAAUACCAAGGAAUUCCUCACAGGAAAUUUAUUUUCGGCCUCCCCUCCCCUUAGAGUUGCAAACUCCGCCUUUACCUGUGGAUAGUGAAAAAUAUAUUAUAACAAGUUUUCUGGCUAGUUACAGGGAAGGCUAUUGGCGUCUAAAAGGAUUUUCUGGAAGUUAUAUUAAACAUGAACCACUUUUGAUUGCUUACGAGUAUCGUCCUACAGUAUAUGCUGGUUUCAUGAUACAUGAAGAAGGAAUAGAACCUUUGGUGAGAUCAAUAGUACUUCACGAAUUUGGCAAAAUAUUCGGAGAAGAAAUGCUUGUGCCUCGAGAAUUUCAACAACACAGCUAUGAACUAAAUUAUCAGUUCCAUUUGCCACUGACAACACCCUGGAAUCGUAUAAUUUGGUCAUCUUCUGCUGCCGCUGGUACAUGUUAUCGCGGUCGUUUAGGUGGUGCUGUACAAAGCGGUCUUAGGGCAGCUGUAAAUGCAUUGCUUAUGUGCCGACCGCAAAUUGUUUCCUGGCAAGAUAUAGCCGAAGUACAAUGUCACAGCUAUUUACGUAGUCGAACAACCACAUGGUCUUCAGUAUUUCUUAGUACUUUCAAUUUAUAUAAUGUUUCCACAUACACUCUUUUCAUAAGUGGCCUAGUUUUAAUUUUGACUACAGCCUACAAGAAACACUAGUUCAUCCGCAUUCAUAUCCUAUAAAAAUUAUCAAUUGAAAACUUUGUGAUAAUUGAAGAAGAGAGGGAGAGAAGAAAGGCGAAUUUGUGAUUAUUAUCAUCUUAAGUAAUUGUAAUGUUCACUAGUGUGUGCGUCUUUAACUCAUGUGAUCAUCAUUCGCAAUUAUCACAAGUGAAUUUAAGUAUAUAAUCGACCAACAGUUUUGUUUUAUCCAAUUUUAUAUGUCGAGAUGGACUUUAAAUGAUGUAGUGCCAGUAAACCUACGUGUGAGAGAAUGUGCGUUUAAUGUGUAUGUUUGAAAUUUAGAACUACACACCUUAUUUAGAGAUUUGCUUUGAUUUUUUUUUUACUUUUUUAUUUUUUAACUAUGUAUUUAUUUACUUAUCAUUUUCAUUUUUAUUAAAUUUAAUGAAACUCGUGUAGGUAAUUUGUUCACUGUACUUAUAUGUGUGUGAUGAUGAUGUGAUGGUGAUGUACAUUUAUUAAUCCAAUUAAUAGGAUUUUUGAAGGUUAAUUUUUGAAAUAAAUUUUAACAUAACUUAUUUAUAAAAUAUAUUCAACAGACCAAAGCUUCCAAAGAAUUAAUUCCCUAAUUUUUGUUUUGAA